GGUUAAAAUAAAUGUAAACAAAACGACGCAAUACAUGGAAGUGAUGGAUGGCGGGUCGUCCGUUGCAUCACUCAUUGCUAGCUAAUUUUUUGUUUAAUUUGCAAUGAAUGCCAUAUAUCAGCAACUAGAAGUUGAAGUUGAGAAACAUCAAGUUGAAGACGUUGUCCUAGCUCUAUUUCACACUAUUUUGUUGCAUCGCUCAAGUGGGAAAUUCCAUUACCAGGCGGAUGACAGCUACCACAUCAAGGAGCUAGCAUUUGAAGAUGUUACAUGCAGCAAUCUUCAGUUGACCUAUGUGCGAUGUCAGUCAAGAGAACUUGACAGGAGCCUCCGAAGCCAGGUAGCUGGUUUUGUUAACAAGAUGGGGCAAGCUGUGGUGCCUACAAGUGGAAAAGUUGCACUAGAGUUCUAUGAAAAGAAACAGAAGAGGUGGCCUCUGGGGGGUGAGAACAGCGUGGCUUGGGAGGUGUGGAACGUUCAGCUUGGCGUGACCCAGCCGUCGUCAGAGCGAUGGUCGUUUCGUGAAGCUCUGUGCUCUAAAGUGCGUGAGUGCAUCUGGGACAUUCUGCAGGCUGUGCACCGACACGACUACGUCCCACCUAACCCCACUCACCUCGAGCUGGGCAACGUGUAUGAGACGGAGUACAGCGAUGUGCAGCCUUACCUCUUCAAGGUGAACUAUUCCGUGACGCCCGGCCAGACGACCAGCAACUCCGUCACAAGCACCGUCACCAAAUUGCUGCGCGAUAUCUCAACCUCCUAGGGACAUUCACACCAACCUUAUAAUCAUCUAUAAUGUUACUGCUUGCUUGGCAACGAUAUACGUGAAGUUCGUUUUUUAGCAACGGAAAUUACCGAACCAGUAGGAACAGAGUUUCUGUAAAGAGUGGUUGAUGUUUUUUUAGCCUUGUGUGUCCAUGAGUCAUAUAUAUAGUGUAGCCUACGAAUUAGAUGCAAGACCGAAUUACAUCAGUGCUACCGGUGUGUCCCAAAGCAAGGUUGUAUAGCGGUUUCUUAGAUCUGCAGGUCUUAUUCUCAUAUAUUUUUUCUAAAUAGGAUUUAUGGAAGAUAUUCCUGUCUUGGCGUUUGUCUUCAAUGUGUCCACAUGUAUUCUGAAUUGCAUUUGAAUUUUUGAUGCAGAUAAUGUUAUUCAAUUUGUCCAGACUACAGCAAGCCCAGCUGGAAACGUUGUCUUGUACUCCACACGUUAUACAAACGUCCUUGAACGUUGCUUAGAGGCGGUGUGUAGAACCAACUCCAAUUCUUCGUCCAUUUUCUGCUCGUAGGCACAAUUAUAGUAUGAAUCUCGGUGAACUAUAAUACUAAUUACAAUCACAUGCUAGUGAUUUUCACCGGUAUUUUCCAUUCAUUAUCUCCUCGUUGUGAAGUGAUAAAGAGCUGUUAUUUCUAAACGUAAAACGCCUUGCAUGAUAGCCACGUUUUUGCUUGCACUUUUCUUUUAUUUACUCUAAUUAGUAAAUUAUUUAUUUCAUAGCUACCGCUCCACUGCCAUUAGGGCUUGCUUCAGAGUAGGUACUUCUAUCUUUUCAAUGCACAUGCGUUGUACUCAGCCGUGUGGUAACAGUUGUCAAGCAUGAAAGCUGUUGUUUCGGGCUGCCCAUGAUGAAAUUCUUAUACUCGGGUCCUUUGCCAGCGAGAUUUAUUGAUAUUUAAUCUCGAUGGCAACACUUAAAAAAUUAAAAGACGUUACCUUGAUCGCAUAAUCUUGAAUAAGAUUUUGUAAUAUGAAGCAUUUAGACUAGACAUGGCUUUUCUUAUAUUCAACAUAAACUGUUGGAAUGAACUUAGAACAAGCAAAUAAGGCAACGUCUCCAUCAUGUGACCGUUUAACUGAUGUACUAAGAAAGUGAUAGUCAAUACAGUACAAAUAUCCUUCACCGCUGCUCGUGUAUCUCUAGUGUGCUGGAAUUACCUCUCCAGCUUACGUAUGCUUUAAUUUAUAUACUUUCCAAUAUUCCUUAUUCAUAUAGAAGCGAGGAAACAACUUGCAAGAGUGAGACACGGGCUUACCGCACGCUAGUUUGCUGAUGCGAUUGUGCUGUCGCCAUCUUGAAUUAAUGUCUAUUAGGCCUGCUAUUAGUCAGUGGAUUUAUUAUAUAAGAAAUGUAGGUAUAUGCAGUCUGUUAGACACACUACAAUGAUCUGCUAUAUUGUGGGUCGAAGGAUUCUUUCUUUAUCGAGGAAGAUGCUUAUUUUAAGCUUUUAAUCUAAUAUAGUUGGAAGAAUGUCUUUGGAAUGACUUGAAUUUCAUGACGACUUGGUCUGUAAUUACUACGCACUCAGUUUCGUCUCUGCUGUAACCAUUUUCAAUUGAAAGAUUGAGAGAAUUGAUACUUAUGAUCAACCCUUGUACGUAGCAGCUCACUGAAACGUCCUUGCGCUGCCAUUGGACUCGCUUCUCUAACACAAAACAUGCGAGUUGAUGACGCUAUAUCUGCUGUCUGCGUCGUUGAAUCAUCGUUGUUCUGCCAUUUUAAUAGCUAAGAAUAGUUUUCGUUUAAAUUUAUUGGAUAUUUGCAAUGUAUACGUCUCAUUUUUGUUAAUAAUUAGAACAAUGCAAUGGUCGGCACUAGCUUCACGUAAGGAUUUUUGUGUUAAGAUAGGCUUACUACUGUAUUUGCCUUCAUUGCUCAGCCAGUCGCCAACUUGCGUACCAAUUGUUGCCGUCGGCACACAACCGACGUACUAUAUACAUUCAUUCGUUGUAUAUGCUUCCUGUCAUGCACUAAAAUAUCUGACGUGAAAACGUUCCCCAGCUCGUUUUAGCUAGAUUCUACAUCGAAUACUGCUAAUUAUAUGGCAGAAUUUAAACUUGGCUCUAGGGCCAAAGUAAUCUUUCAAGCCUGGCGUCGAGGCUGGCGUUAUUUCGCGACUGUUUGUUCUCACGUUGAUGUUCCACUGAAAACUCUGUGAGUAAGCUCGAGUCCUCUCCUAGCUUGUAAGCAAGUCGAUUUUUUACAUUGGAUGCAUUAUGUGUAUACUAUUAGAGUCUCCACCACCUGUU